UCAUUUUUUUUCUCCUGUCAAGUGGACACUGCUGCAUGGCCUCACAACUCCCUACAUCUGCUAGCCAGCAUUCAGAUCUUUAAAUAGACAGCUAUUUUGAUGCAAAAGCAUAACACAGGCCCCGGAAGGCUUGAGGCACACAGGCUGGAUUUAAUUUGAGGGUCAAAUGUUCCUGACAGCACUUAGGGCACCCUGUGGAGAGUAAAUCUGAGGUGUCAUGCUGCCCAGUUCGACGCAGCGGUUCCAGACAGUUUGCUAGGAAAUCUUCCUAACUUUCUUCUGGAAGACUAAUAUUUUUUGGUAAACUAACUAAAACUUUUUUUUAAUCAUUAUUAUUAUUAUUGUCUACUUUUAAUGGACUAGAAGUUUCCUCCUAAAGCUGCUGUAUCACCUCCGAGAUCUGCCUGAAACCCCGUGCAAAAAGAAGCGAUGUCCUAUACAUGCAAACUUCCCGCGUCCUGGAAUGAUAAACCCCCUGCUCGGAAAGUGGAAAUUGACCUGAGCUCGCCAGGUUUAGCGGUGUUUGAGUUGGAAAGACUCUUGUUUACUGGCAAAGCCAUCAUCAGCCAUGCAGAUGAAGUGUGGCCAAAGCUUUACAUUGGUGACCAACACAGUGCAGAGAACUGCGCUGAUCUGUCCGUGCAUCGAAUCACUCACAUCCUGAAUGCAGCUCACAGUAAACGCGGAGGACAGCCGGAAAUCUACGAGGGCAUGACGAUCAGCUACAUGGGCAUAGAGGCCCAUGACUCCUGUGACUUUGACAUGAGCGUCAACUUCCAGGCAGCGGCCGACUUUAUCCACAGGGCUCUCAGCAGAGGAGGCAAGGUGUUGGUGCACUGUCACGUAGGGGUGAGCCGUUCCGCCACCCUGGUCCUGGCCUACCUGAUGCUGAAGCAGAACCUGACCCUCGUGGAGGCUAUUUGUGCUGUGAAAGAUAACCGGGGUGUUAUCCCCAAUCGAGGGUUCCUCCGGCAGCUCAUCAAACUGGACGGCCAGCUCUUUGGCAGACACUGAACCCUGCUUGAUAGCAUUACUGGUCAGCUUUCAUGGGUCCAGAACACAAGGGCGGAUAUGAUAAAGAUAGCUCAAGUAUACUCCGUAAUGUUAUGAGAUCCACUGAAUUCAUUAUACGUUUGCAUAAACCUUUUUUUUUUUUUUA